AUGGGCAGCCGACCUGGCGGAACUCCAGACGUCCACGCCGACCGCCAUGGCCACCAGCAACUCCAGCGCCCCCAGAUACCCGCCUCCAUGUCUGCCCCCGCCGGCCGCCUGCCGCGCCUGCUGCCCGCGGACCUCUCCUCCUACACCGACUCGUACCUGCCGACUGCAGCCAUCCCACCGUCCGCGACUUCCCUCGCCGAGCUCGCCCACCUGAUCCGCCUCCAGGGCUACCAGGAGCAGCGCAAGACGCAUGCCCGCGUGCGCCUGCACCGCUGGCUGGUCUCGAGCGCCCUCUCCGCACGUCUGGUACACUGCGGCGAGCUGGCCUACCGCACGCUGGUCGACAACUUCCGCUCCGACGACAAGAAGUCGUUCGCCUCCCUCUACAACGCCCUCAACGAUGUCCGCAACUCGUGCGAUGCCACGCGGCAGUAUGCCCUCUUGGAGCCGGAUCUGGAGUUUGGCAAGUCCAAGAACUUCCGGAGCGAGAAGCCCCUCUCUGCCUCCACUUUCCUCAAUGAAGUCCCGUCCAAGAUCCUGGACAACCUUCUAGAUUUCAUUUCUGAAAUCCGUACGAACCCAGAAUUUCUUGCUGCUCGUAUUUCCAGUCUUUCGCAGCAAGAGCUCACUUCUCUUACGUCUUUCCGUCAGACCAUGGACCCGAUUGACUCGGUCAUGUUUGCAAACGCCCGUAGCCGCAACGCUCCCUCGCAGAAGGCCCAACAGCAAGGAACAAGCCCGGUAGAACGUCUGCUAUCUUUCCAGCGUCACGAUCCGCUGUCUGCCCUCGUUUACACCAUUUUCGCUAAUUCAUCCGGACCCGACUCGGCAGAGGACCUUCGCCGUACAGAUGUAUGGGCCACUGUUUGUGCUAAGCUGAUUAAGAACAACAACCCCAACUUCAUCCGCACUGUGCUCGAUGUUUGGGCCGGUAUGCGAGAAUGGCCCGGAAAGACCAACUUGGAGCUCUAUCUUAUGCAGACCCUCCAGGAUGGCCAGUUCCUGCUCGAGAAGCCCGAGGAGCAGGCCGCACGACCUGGAAUGCAAGCGACCCCGCGCUCCAGCAAGGACACCAUCGCAGCAGACGAGUUCUUUGACAAGGCUGUCAAGCGUCUGUUCGAGGUCGUUGACGAUGAGCCCAGUGCCGGCGGCAUUCCAGAAGGAGUCUUGGAGAUUGGAAAUGCCAUCCUCCGCAAGCUGGAGGACGAGAAGAGCCUGCGCAGGGCUUCGCAAAAUUUCUUUACCCAUGGCAUCAUGAUUGGCCACCACAUCAGUGAGCAUGCUCGCAUCAAGAUCCUGAAAGAGGUCGCCAUCCGAGCGCAGAAAUAUGUCGUGAACAUGACCUACAACUGGAAGCAGAAAAACGAAAUCCUCCCAGAGAUCCGCACACACAUCGAGAACAUCCUCGCUCGGUUCAAGCACACCAAGACACCCUCGAAGCCAAUUUUGCUUCCUGCAAAGGCUAUAACAUCACCCAGAGAAACUGUGGAAGUUCAGCCAUUCAUUGUCUUGUCACCAGCCGACAUUGUCACCCUGGUCAACGCCCUGUUCCCGGAGCGACGUCCGUCGUCCAGCCACAUGGACAAUGACAGCCAGCGCCGUACUGGUCUGGCUUCCUCUGCUUCUUCCAUGUCUGGGAUGUCGGUUCCAUUCCGCAAUGCCGCCGCUUCUGUGACUGACGCAAGCUCUAUCCUAAGUGCCAGUGCUUCUUCAAUGACCAGCGACCAGACCUCGCGUGAGCCACUUCUGGACAGCAACCCGGUAUCCGGCGAAUCACCGACAGAGAUGAAGCCUGCACCAACAGAGCAAUACGGAAGACAGCUGCGAAUGGCAUGUUCUGAGAUGACUCGCCUCCUAGGUUUCGAAGCCACAUCAGGCUCUUGCCAUCCGUGCGCAGAGCGAUGGGCUGUCCUUUACAUCUCCGCCGAUGGAAAGCAGCUAAAGCCGCGUAUGCGCAAAGACUUUGAUGAUGAGGAUGAGCACGACGAGGACUCACCAGACAGCGACAGCAGCGACGAUGAAGAGGGCGGGAACAGGUUCGAUCUUGGCAACGACUACCACCAGCUGAAAGAGGCAAUCGCCAAGCUGGUGGAGGAGUACGAGAUUCCCAAGGAUCUUGCGCCCGACAGCGAAUCGAAGAACUUCAGCAACAGAAUGACGACCCGCAAAAGCACUCGUGGACGUGGCCCAGUACGCAACGUCAGCGAAAACCUCGGAUCACGCAAUCCAUACAACUCGACUCAGAGCCAAAGCCAGCUUACCAACAUGAUUGCCAGCCAAAGAAACGUCUCAUCACGGCGCUCACCACAAUUUCCGAGAAGUCACAGCAACCCUCAAGUCGGCGAGAAGCAAGAGAACAACUCAGUUCUGGUCACCAUGCUUGAGACCGCCAUGUACCAGUGUCAAGCACGAUCCGAUUUCGUCAAUGCGCAUAUGUACUACAAGACAUUGCAGAGUCUGAAAAGACUCAGCUCUCCGACACUGGUCAAGAACGGCUACGCAGCCCUUCUCAACUACUUCUCUCGCAGCCCGCGCGACCUCCUCAGCAAGGCAGCCAAUGCCAUUGAAGAGUUCGAGGCCUGGUUCGUGUGGCUCAAGCAGUCCCAGGAACGGUCAGAUGGUAUGGUCGAAGAGAUGAUGCUCACGUUCAAGAAUCUUCGAGACAAGAUGUGGUACAUCACAGAUGUCCGCACUUCCAAGCCAUACGAGGACGCCAGGAACGUUGCGCUUGCUCUCAAGAUUAUGGACCAACAGUCAAAGAUGCUCAAUGUCAGAGGCCCGUCUGGUUCUCAACCGCGAAACAGCAACAGCUUCUUACGCCAGAACGAAGCUCAGCUGGUUGACCUCAUGUCAGCUUCUCAAGAUUUCGGUGGCCCGAACAAGUUGUCAGACGAACAGUCGCAAAUCACGCUGAAGUGGCUUAUGCAAUACAGCGUUGAGAACUUCUGCAAGGGCGAAGAGCGGAUACACCGCUUCUGUCUCGAAGUCGACAAGUGCGUCACCAAGGUCAUUGGCGAGGGCGUUCUCGACGGGCCCGUGCUCUGGGCCAGCGAUCUCUACAAACGUGACCAGCAGAUUCUGGAGAGCGGACGUCAGAAGGGCGACCUAUUCCUGACCGGUGUUGGCACUCUUUCCAUCGCCGGCGACGAGGAGUACGAGACCCACGGCCGACCUGGUUCUCGUAGCCAUGACUUCUCGCAACGACCAAGCCAAGGUAGUCUGCGUGCCGCAGCUAACCGCAAUGGAUCUUCCAGUUUCGACCAGAGCCCCUGGGGAAGAAACCCCAUGGAUGCCCCCGACUACUUCGGCGGGUCUUCACCCGUGCAUGCAAUCGACUCUAUGGCUACUUUCUGGUCACCGUUCCAGACCCAAGCGCAGUCUCCUACCAACGCCACAAGCAUCCGACCACGUACCGCAUCAUCAUCGAAGGGUACGGUGAUGCUGAAGCAAUCUGCAAUGGUUAAUGAAGACAAGCGCCGCUUCAUGCUCGAUCUGAAGCAAACACUCACAGGCCUGCUUCUGAGUGACCUCGGAACAAUGGUCUUCGCCAACGGCAGCGAGACCGACUCAUGGUUCGGUGGUGAUCUGCUAGACGACUGCUUCGAGCGUAGAGAUGAAGAAGAACGGAAACGCAAGAAGCAGCUCGCCAAGAAGAGCAUGAAGAACAUCCGGAAGCAGACCCUGCCCGAUUCACGCAACUUGCCGCUGGAGACGCUCGGUCGCAACGAGCGUGGAACAGCGGCCCCGCCUGUUGCAACUUUCCAACACGCCAGUGCAUCCGACGCUCACCAAUCUGCCGGCGAGCAAUCCUCGACUUCCAGCGACGCGACUUCGCGUUCGGUUGGCAAUGCCACAGCGAAGAAGGCUGGACUACUCGAGUUCCCGUACAACGUUGCUUUCCGACGGCUGUUGGGCAGGUUCCAGACACAUCCCAACCCAUACUCUAAACUGCAUGCGCUGUAUGAGCUAGAGCUGCUCAUCAUAGCAUCACUCUCUUCUCGAACGGGCCGCUCGUACAACAACCGACGGGAGACUCUACCCCCAGUUCCUCAAUCACCCACCCUUGGCACCAUGCCAGAGCUCAGUUCUCGUGAGCCAGCUACUCAAACUUCGCGUGCACAAAACCUCGAGGAAGCCAUCGCCAACUGCGAGGAGCGCCGCUCUCACAGUAUGAGCGUGGAACGCGUGAGCAACGCUUCCCCCCUGCCUCGCAACGGUGCACGCUCUCCGGUUGGACCGCCAAGCACAGACAUGAUCGUCGAAGUCAUUCAAGGCCUCUUCCGCGAUGCUAACAUCCGACCCAAGACCUUGUUCCGAGACCUGCAGUACAUUGCAUCUUUUGUGCCUGCGCAAAUGCUGGACAAGACUGCACGAGGCAAGGCAUUCUGGGAUGUUGGUCUCGCUGCUCUUGGCCUCAAGCAAGACGUGUGCCGAAUCAUGGUAGAGCUCGUCGAUGAGGUCAUCACCCAGAACUCGAAGCGCGAUGCAGGCAAAGUCAGCAGUGGAGCUGCUGUCGAGAAGGCCGGUGCAUCGUCCACUACACCAGCUCCGGUUGAUGAACCACUGUCCAAGUACACCAUGGAGGAUGCUGGACGCAUGCUUCUUAUCACUGCCAAGGAGGGCGACGCAGUGGCCGAGCGUGAGCUUGCGAUCUUUUAUCUCACAUCGCCCGAGCUUGUCCAUCGCACAGUCCUGCCGCUCACCAGGCCCAGCGAAGUCUUCAAGACUGAGCUUCUCAACCGUGAGAGGAAGGCGUCGCAAGACCCCGCCCGCAGCGACCCAAUGACCAUGUGUGUCGCGCAACACUGGAUGGAGCAGUCCAUGAAGGGCGGCGACCAGCUUGCCGCCAAGUACUUGCGCCAGCGCAGCGAGCUGGAGAACAUCAACCCGAGCAGGGCAUAG